AAUCUGCUGACCGGCCGGUCGGCAUACCAAGCAUUUUCAUUGAAAUCUUUGAUGUGUUGUGUUUUAUGUGUUCUGUGUCUGUGCGUUCUACUAAACACUAACCUCAAAACUUCAAAUUCAAAUCUCAAAACUUUUGAUCAAAAUACUCAAAUCAGACGAAUGGUAAUUUGGUUUCUGCCUGUUUGAAUCUCUUGUUCAUGAACUGCGAUACAGAAAUAAUGAAUUCACUUCAAUGGAAGUGAUGAUGAUUUGAGAGAAUUUUGUUGAGAAAUGUGUGUACCUAUUUAUAUUAAUCCAAGCAAACUCAACCAGAAUAGGAUUGCAAACACAAACCUUCCAAUUUGAGCAUCUCAGUUGAUAACAACAUUGAUGUGAUUAUUUCUUAAAACUUUUUUAUGGUGCAAAAAUGACUGAUACAUCUCCGAAAUCGAAUCCCACAGAAUUCUUUGAACCUGUCACACCAAGACUCAAGAGUGAAGCAGAAAUCCAAAGAGAAAACAAUAUCAAAGAAAGGGAUGAAUUCCUCAAAUCGUUCAUGAAUGACCCCGAUUUCGCAGAAGCCAUAGACGCCAUUGGAAUUUUCAAUAAUAAAGGAAACACCAGCUCUAAACCAUCAUACAAACCCAAAAUAAGAAGAUCACAUGGAGAUACAGGUUUCACAUAUUUUGGAAACAUCACCAUACCUGUAGAAACUCGAAGAUCAUUAAGGCUACUAGAUAAAGAACCCAUUUACACUAAAGAUGACUUGGUUGAUGAAACAACCUUCAAAAGAAAGAAAUAUGAUGACAUGGAUGAUUAUGAUUACAGGGAUCUUGAAGAUGUUGUUUAUAGGCCAAAGAAACCUAGAAUUAAUAAUAAGAGGAGAACCACUCAGAGGCCUCCAAUCAUUCCUGUGGAAGAGGUGACAGAAGCAAUGAUAAGUAAAAUUGCUAUGAGGGUUUCCAUCAAGCAAUACUCUGCUAUGGGAUCUAGUUGUCAUCAAUGUAGACAAAAAACUAGAUCAGAAAACAUGUUGCAGGAGAAAUGA